UUGGCCGCGGCACUGCUGGUGCUCCUGGCAGCGCAAAUCUGCGGGGGCUGGGACCUUGCACUGGCGGCGCCCGGCCGCAAAGCCAAGCCGAAGCUCCAAAGCCUAGCACCGCCGAAGCGCGCGGAGCAAAGCGCGGAGGCAGAUCUCAAUGAAGAACUAGAAGCCCUACCUUUGCAGGCGCUGGGCGACGGCAAUCAGGUGUGGCCCUUUGGUUCCAGUGCCAACGGAUGUGGGGAAGCCGGCUCUGACCUAGACAUGCUGGUAUCUGCAAAGGAGAACAAGACUUCCAAGGGCAAAGCUGUGAAUGCCUUGCGGAAAGUGCCGAUCUUGAUGCUGCAGAAGGAUGGACUUGACAUCGACCUGAGCUGUUAUAACCUGCUUCCACUGCUCAACACCCGACUCUUGCGAAGUUACACGCUCCUGAACCCACGGCCGUCGGUGGUGGUGGUCGCUGUGAAGCGCUGGGCCAAGGCACAUCGAAUCGCCAAGGCCCGUGAUGGCUUUAUCUCAUCCUAUGCCUG